AUGGCGUCCACGAAUCCCUUGGCGGACACACACGCGCAACGCUCCGCCGACUACGAGCGCUUCAAAAAUUACGCCGCCUACACAUUCCUGAUCGCAACACCAGUGAUCAUAGCCCUCCCACCCCGCAGACUCGAUCCCCUGGCCAUCCUCCUUGUCAGCGCAUUUGCAGUGUCCGCAAAUCACAUCACAGAACAAAAGACAGGACGCAGCAUCGUCGAGCGCGUCGAAUCCCGCAUCAGCCGGUCUCAGAAUGUCCUCCCAAGUCUACCAUCAGAGCGCGCUCAGGAGCUCCAGGCUCAGAUGCGGGCUGCACGGGAUGCGCAGAUCAAAGAGGGUAGCCUAGUUGGAGAUGAACUUGAGAAGCUAAAGGCGCGCCAGAGGCAUGAGCAGGGUAUUGCUUCGCGUGUUUGGAUGGGUGGAGAAACUGAGGGUUGGAAGGAGCGCCGACUUCGAGAGGAACAGAAAGCUCUUGAUGAGGGUAAGGGGUAUGGUGAUUUGAUUCAGGAAUAUAUUUGGGAUGUGUGGAGUUGGGGAAAGAAGAGCGAUGAUGAGGAUGAUGAGUAG